UCCUCCGGCACGGGGUCCCUGGGUCGCCUCGGGUCCCCGCGAUCCGGAUGGCGCACGCGGUGGCUGGGGCCGGGCCGGGCUCGGGUGGCCAGAGGAGUCACCACUGACCGGGUCAUCUGGAGCUCCCGGCAGGCCGAGGCCCAGGAUGAGGCGCUGGAAGGCGGCGGCGCUGGUGUCGCUCGUCUGCAGCUCCCUGCUGUCGGUCUGGAUGUGCCAGGAGGGCCUGCUGCUGGGCCACCGCCUGGGACCCGCGCUCGCCCCGCUGCGACGCCCGCCACGCACCCUGGACGCGCGCAUCGCCCGCCUGGCGCAGUGUAAGCCCCGCCCCCCGGGGGAGGGGCCGCCCGGGGGCGGGGACCCGGACGGGGCGGGUCACCGGCGGCGCGUGCGCAAGGAGCGGGUGCGCGCGCACCCCUGCUGCCGCCCGACGGCCUACGAGGACGAGGUCUCCUUCCUGGACGUGCACAGCCGCUACCACACGCUGCAGGAGCUGUCGGCGCGGGAGUGCGCGUGCGUGUGACGCUACCUCACGCCCCGACCCUGCGCGCCUGCGCAGCGGCCGCGCCCACGACCCUCGAGGACUGAAUUCACAUAAAGUGUGGGAACCCUC